UUCCCUUUCCCCCCGGGGGCCUAUCCGGAUCAGUUCCGGAUUUUGUGACUGAAUUUCCACCAAACCUGAGCCAACCCUCCCAUCACUGAGGCCAGUUUCUCCACUACCCCCACCGCGCCCUCCGUAUCCCACCAAGACUCCCUUCGUGGGAGAAGGCACGGACUCGCGGAGCAGGCAGGGCCCGCGUGGCCGCAGGCGCGUUCAGCGGAGCUCGCUCCCAGCGCUUCACCGCCCGGCUCGCGUCCCAGUGGCCCGGCACGCGUCGCCGGCUUCCCCCUCACCUCCCAGCCGAGCGGCCUCCAGACCCCUCGCCGUUGGAGCGACCCCGGCGAGGCCAGGCGCUCGGUCCGGCCGAGGGAAGCCGGAGGAGGACCGGGCUAGGAAGAGCAGCUGGGCUUCGCGGAGGCGGUCCCGCGCGCCCUGGUAGGCGGAGUAGCAGAGUCACCUGAGAAAGCCAGACAGCUGCGUCCCCUCCCGCCGGAGCUCCGCACCCAGACUAGUGGUCCAGGUCCGGGGAGCCCGCGUCACACCAGCGAGGACAGGCCACACCGAGCGACUGACUGAACAUGGCCACACCGUUCCUAUCCGCAGGGGCCACCACGGGCGACAGCGGUGGGGAACUGAGCUCUGGGGACAACUCUGGUGAUAUGGAAUCCCCCCAGACUCCCGAGACCGAGACGUUCCGGAGCCUGGCCGAGCAGUUUGAGAAGGCUGCCGCACACGUCCAAGGCCUGAUUCAGGUGGCCAGCAGGGAGCAGCUCCUGUACCUGUACGCCAGGUACAAGCAGGUUAAAGUUGGCAAUUGUAAUAUUCCCAAGCCAAACUUCUUUGAUUUUGAAGGAAAGCAAAAGUGGGAAGCAUGGAAAGCCCUCGGUGACUCAAGCCCUAAACAAGCAAUGCAGGAGUAUAUCGCAGCGGUUAAAGCCCUCGAUCCAGGGUGGAGCCCUCAGGUGUCAGUGAAGAAAGAAAAAGAAACCAGUAGUGGUUUUGGGGGGCCCGUCGUUAGUUCUCUAUAUCAGGAAGAAACAAUCAGGGAAGAAGACAAAAACAUAUUUGAUUACUGCAGGGAGAACAACAUUGACCAUAUAACCAAAGCCAUCAAAUCGAAACAUGUGGAAGUGAAUGUGAAAGAUGAAGAGGGCAGAGCUCUGCUCCACUGGGCAUGUGACCGAGGACAUAAGGAACUAGUGACAGUCUUGCUACAGCAUGAAGCUGACAUUAAUUGUCAGGACAAUGAAGGUCAGACAGCUCUUCACUAUGCUGCUGCCUGUGAGUUUUUGGACAUUGUGGAUCUGCUUCUCUUGUCUGGCGCUGACCCCUCUCUCCGAGACCAAGACGGCUCUCUGCCAGAAGAGGUGACGGGAUGCAAAGCAGUUUCUCUGGUGCUGCAACGGCACAGGGCUAGCAAGGCUUGAUCCAAAGGCUGGAAAAACAGUCUGGCAGAAUAAGACUUCAGGGAUGAAAGAAACUGCAAAAAUAAUACUUCUUUACCACCCAUCUUUGGUAUGCAUUGGCUAAUAAAAUCAGUUCUGAGGAACUGGGA